UGUAGAGUUUUGCAUUUGUGACUGAAUAAUAUUUUGUAUGAACAUGAGAUCUAUAAAACGACCAAUGAGCCAGAUGCGGAAAUUCGAAGCGAAGGAGGCUCUAUUCAGACAAAGGAAGCGAAUCCUGAAAUACUUGGUGCAUGGUUUCCUGAAGCAGGAGGGCUAUUUAGCCAGCGCGGAAGCCUUUCGUUCGGAGGCUGCACUUACCAAUGAAUACGAGCUAUGUGAUAAUAUGGAUCUAGAGAUUAUACUUCAGGACUUCUGUAGCUACUAUAUGAUGAGAUUCAACAAGCAGCCGCAGUUCUGCCGGCAGGUGGCGGAGCCCCGACCUUUACUACCAACGCGACCACCAACACGAGCCGCGCGGCCCCCACCACCAGAACCAGAAGUCAAUGAAGACCCUGACCUCCCGGCUACGUUCACCGUCACCAAGUUAUUCAAGGACAUACCACCAGAAGACUUAAAUUCAAUUUCAGCGAUAGAAAGAAAGCCUUUAUCAGGCUUUGUGGCCAAUAUGUCGCUUGAUAAGAAACAACUAGUUGAUAUGUUGUACCAGGACAUCAUAAGACCGUCAGGGGUGAGCUGGGAUGACGUCAAAGGAUUGGAAGAAGCUAAGAGAAUACUUAUAGAAUCUGUUGUUUAUCCUGUCAGACAUCCUGCUGUAUUCACUGGAUUGUUGGAACCAUGGCGCGGCGCGCUGCUGCACGGCCCGCCCGGCGCCGGCAAGACGCUGCUUGCACGCGCACUCGCCGCGGAAAGCCGGUGUACGUUCUUCAACGUCGCCUGUAGUACGCUUGUUAACAAGUGGAGAGGCGAGUCUGAGAAGAUAGUCCAGGUGUUAUUCGAGAUGGCGUUCUAUUACUCGCCGUCAAUAAUCUUCAUGGAUGAGGUGGAGACGUUAAUGUCGGAGCGGUCAGGCCCCGGCGAGCACGAGGCCAGCCGCCGGCUCAAGUCACAGUUGCUCACCGAACUGGACGGCGUCAGAGACCGAGACGGUCUAGUCUUCCUGCUCGCCAACUCUAAUAUGCCUUGGGAAAUCGACACAGCAAUGUUACGACGGUUAGAGAAAAGGAUUUACAUACCGUUACCGGACGAGAAGGCUCGCGCUGCACUUUUCGAGACAUAUCUGAACGUAAGGACUGUAGAGGUCUACCCGAAGGUCAACUUCCAGGAAUUAGCUGCUAAGACAGAAGGGUAUUCGGGGAGCGAGAUAAAGCUGGUCUGCAAGGAAGCCCUCAUGGCUAAUGUUAGGAAGAUGUUGCCUAAUAUGGUGGCGAGGAGUCAAUCGGGUCGCAAAGAACGUCUAGAUGUGUCAGAUAUAUUAGCAGCUAUAGACAAAACGAAGCCGGUGUCAAAAGACCUCGCCAAAAGGCACAUUGAAUGGCAAGAGAAGAUGGGAUGUUCCUGAUGUAAUAAGUAUGAUUUUAU